AGAUUGACUAUUUUGAAUUGUAUGUUUGUGUAUGCUUGUGUGUGUGACAGUAUAAAUGUGUAAUCUAAUGUUGCUUGAAUUAAUGCAAAAAAAAAGUUCAAGAGAAAAAACUUGCAAUUCAAAAACAAAAUACUCAAGCACACAUACAUGCACAAAUAGACAUUAAAUAAUUGCUUUCGACUUUGGCAAUUUUUUUUUGAUAAAACAAGUGCAACAUACCGUCGGAAACAAUACGGGAAUAUCAAUCAAGAAAAAAAAAUUCGACCAUCAAAUGAAAUGAACGACAACGGCAACGGCAAUAUCUCAUAUAAUAAGUCAACAACAUCAAACGAAAAGAUUAAACUGAAAUAAAAGUAAUUAAAAUAAAGAAAAAGGUCAUUCAAUAUAUAGUGAAUUAUAGCAAUUUUGAUAAAAACAUCUAGUGUUACUGAAUUCCGGUCAUCAUCAUCAUCAACCUAUUUUUAUGAAAAUUAUUAACCAUUGUGUGGCCAUCAUCAUCAUCAUCAUCAUCUCAUUAUUUGUUAUUACAAAAUAAUUUUUAUUCUUAUUUUUACUAGACAUACAAAAACCCACACAAAAAAGAUAUUAUAUUGUAUCGAAAUAUUAUUAGUGCCCAAAUUCAAAAUUUUUUUCAUCAAAAAAAAAACAUGGCUGGAAAUAAAGUUGAAAUGAAUAGUUUUGAUGGUAAUACGGGUGGUAUGGGUAUACAUCAAUCGAAUAAUGCAACAACAAGCGGUAUUGGUGGCGGUCGUACAAAUGCUUCUGGUCAACAUUCAUUAACAUCCGGCACAGCUGGUGGUGGUGGCGGUGGUGUUGCAACCGAAGUAAAAUUGACCAAUACAAAAAAUAUACCUGAACGUGGCCAAUGGACAGGACAAUUGGAUUUUUUAAUGUCUUGUAUUGGAUAUGCAAUUGGUUUAGGAAAUGUAUGGCGUUUUCCAUAUCUAUGCUAUAAAAAUGGUGGAGGCGCAUUUCUAGUACCAUAUCUAUGCUGUCUAAUAUUUGCCGGUGUGCCGGCAUUUUUUCUGGAAGCAUCACUUGGCCAAUGGCUUGGUAUCGGUGGUUUGGGUGUUUGGCGUAUUUGUCCUGUGUUUAAAGGUGUUGGUUAUGCAGCCGCUGUAAUGGCAUUCUGGCUGAAUGUCUAUUAUAUUGUUGUACUUGCAUGGGCAUUAUAUUAUUUUUCACAAGCAAUAGAUGUUGAUGUACCAUGGAAAGGUUGUAAUAAUUGGUGGAAUACUGAACGUUGUCGUUCAGAAUAUGAUCUUGCUGAUGAAGAACGUCGUUGUUAUAUUGAACGUGGUCCACAAGAUUUUACAUGCAAAAUGAACACUUCAUUAUUCACUAGUCCAGUGAAAGAAUAUUGGGAAAAUAAUGUACUACAAAUAACCACUGGUAUGGAUGAUUUUGGUGAGAUACGAUGGCCAUUAGCGCUAACAUUGUUCAUCACAUGGGCUGCUUGUUAUUUUGCCAUUUUUAAAGGUGUAAAAUGGACCGGAAAACUUGUGUAUUUUACAUCAGUGUUUCCGUAUGUAUGCCUAUUUAUAUUAUUAUUACGUGGCAUAACGCUUGAUGGAGCAUGGGAAGGCAUACGUUAUUAUUUAACACCAAAUCUAUCGAAAUUGACCGAUGCAGGUGUAUGGAAUGAUGCCGCUACACAGAUAUUCUUUUCAUAUGGUCUUGGUUUAGGUGCUUGGAUUGCAUUGGGUAGCUAUAAUCGUUAUCAUAAUAAUGUUCAUAGAGAUGCUCUUAUCAUAUCAUGCGUCAAUAGUGGUACAUCAAUGUUUGCCGGUUUUGUUGUAUUUAGUAUUAUUGGAUUUAUGGCUAAAGCACAGAAUAAACCAGUGGAAGAUGUAGCUACUUCUGGUUCUGGUCUAGUAUUUUUAGCUUAUCCAUCGGCUACAUUAAAAUUACCAUUUUCACCAUUAUGGUCAAUGUUAUUCUUCAUGAUGAUUGUUAUGUUGGGUCUUGAUAGUCAAUUCUGUACAAUGGAAGGAUUUUUUACGGCCAUCAUUGAUGAAUGGGCACACAUAUUACGUCCACAUAAAGAAAUGUUUAUCAUGUUUGUAUGUCUAGUAUCAUAUUUCAUUGGUAUCAUAUUCGUUGUCAAAGGUGGAAUGUAUUGGUUUCAACUAUUUGAUUAUUAUGCUGCAUCUGGUUUUGCAUUAUUAUUUCUCAUAUUUUUUGAGGUAGUUGCCAUCUCAUGGUCAUAUGGCGUAAAUCGUUAUUAUGGAAAUCUAAGUCAAAUGCUUAAAUUUCCAUUGCCAAUAUGGUGGAAAUUAUGUUGGUUCUUUUUCACACCAUCCGUUUGCUUUCUCGUAUUCUGUUUCAGUCUAUAUCAAUACAAGCCUUUAAAAUAUAUGAAUUAUGAAUAUCCAUGGUGGGGACAGGCCAUUGGAUGGUUUCUUGCAUUAUCAUCAAUGGUUUGUAUACCUGGAUAUGCCAUAUAUCUAUACAUUGUUACACCCGGUACAUUUAGCGAGCGUAUGAAAGCAUUGUUUCGGCCAGAUAUACCAGAAAUUGAAGAUGAAAUACGUCGUCGAUCACAAGACGAUAUUGAUACAUCGGUUACACAGGUUUAGAAUUCAUUCAUCAAACACACACACACACACAUAUGCAUCAAUCAAUCACAAUAACGAAGAAUAAUAAGGACUAAUUAUUCUUGAUUUGGUUGUUUCUAAAAAAAACGAAAUUUUUUUUUGUUAAAAAAAUCAUACCAGAAAAAAACAAUAUUCCGUUGUUGUUUAUUAUUUAUCCACAAGUUGUGUUAUAAAUAUAACCCUCAACAUUUAUGUUUGAGUGUAAUGUUUUAUUUGUAAUAAUAAUAUAUACAUUCCUCAAUCAAACACAAACAGACAAACAAACCAAAAAAAAAAUUACUAUUGAUAACCUCCUUUUUUUGUUUUAUUCACAAAAUACAUACGCCCAUUAUCAAUAUGAUCAUUAUCAACAUCAUCAUCGAUCAUCAAAAAAAUAUCUACAUUGAAAGAAUUAGCUUUGAUUUUCUUUUCUCAUCAUCAUCAUCAUGAUCAUCAUUAUCUCCAUCUCGAUAUAAUAUAAACCCAAUUCGUGUUUGUAUGUUGGGAUCAUCAUCACUAAUGUCAUCAUCUAUUAUAAAGAGAAAAGGGAGAAAGAUGAAUAAUUUGUAUUUAUAUUACACACACACCUACCAAUUGAUUCGACUCCUCCUCGAUAUACUACUGAUCAACAAUCUAAUCAUUCAAUUUGGACUUAUUACAAGCCAAAUAAACACAUCUCUAUCACUAUUCUAUAUUAUUAAAUCAUCCACAUUUGUUUACUAUAGUCACCAUCGUCAUCAUUAUGAUCAUGAAUGUUGAUAAUUGAAAUUCAAGUUAUGUAAUAAUGAUCACACCAUAUACCGGUAAUAACGAUAUAUAAUCAUUUAUCAUUUAUUAUUCUUACUGCACUCGAUUGCCUUUGACACGUUUCAUUUUUUUUGCUAGUUACACAUGAUAAUUAUAUAUAUUGAUGAUAAAAACAAUCAGAAUAAACAAACGAAACAACAACAAUCACAAGACUUUGUAAAUAGCUCAUAUUUAAAAUCAUCAUCAUCAUCAUAAACAUUUCUACGGAUUUCAUUUUGUUGUUUGUUUUUUUUUGUUGACAUUUUUCUUUUGUCUGUUGAUGAACGUAGACAGCAGCCACAAUAAUAAUGAUAUGAAAACAAAAAAAAAUAUCAAUUCAAGACGACGAUUAUGUUGUAAUAAUAACCAGACACACACACACACAGAAACCUUUGAUUUUAACAGCCAAAAUAAAAUUUAGCCUUCAAUUAUUGUUCUAGCUAGAUGAUCGACAACAACAACAACAAUGAAAAUAAUUUUACAAUAAUAAUAAUAUUUGGCCUUACCCGAAGAAACCUUUGAAAAAAAAAUUAAAUUAAAUUGAAUUAGAAAAUAGCAGCCAUCAAUCUCCUAUAUUCAUUAUCAUAUUUCGUCAUUUGGUAAAAAAAAUGGAAAUUUUUUUUUACCA